CGUUGCUGUUAGACACACUUUUUUAAUGUUGGAAGAUAGAAAAUCAGAGAAUGAAUACAGAAAUGUUUGAUAGAGAUAUAUAUAAAUGUUGCAUUUAUGUUGAGUUAUUCAUUUGUUUUAUUCAUCUAGUUAAAACCGUGCUCUGUGAGGGUGGGGUGCCACAGAGACCUGUUGUAUGUGUCACUCGACCUGAACUGAUUAAGGAAAUUCAGCAACGUUUGAGCAAGCUGAAAGAUGAUCCAGGCUGGGUUACUGUCUAUGGGAUGGCCGGCUGUGGGAAGUCUGUCCUAGCAGCAGAAGCUCUCCGGGAACACCGGAUAUUGGAAGGUAAAAAAAAUAUGUUAAAAUUAAUAAAUAAACCCCAAAGGGCCAGUGACCAAAUCAAACCAAUAAUUAUCGUAUUCUCGUUAUCUAUCUAUAACAUUGGUAUAUGGGUGGAAGCAUAAUAGCUUGUUUGUCUGUUACCAAAGUCAGAGCCAAGGGACGGCAUACAGUCAAAGAGUUGAAGGCCUUGACAGAGGUUGACUGGGACCAAAACGGCUUUAACUUAAUAAAGUAGUUUGGUGUAUAAAUCAUACCCCAAUUAUCUGCCAUUUAAUAGUUAAAUCAAUGUUUUCUGUUUAUGCAGCGUUGGCUGCACCUCCACUGGCUGUGACUGACACAGCCUGCAUGAAGAAAAAUGGUUUCAUUUUUAAUCAGCAAAUUGUGUUCACAUUAGACAUUUUUAUCUCCUGCUCUAUUAGAACUUUAAUCACACAAAGGAGGCUCUUGCAGGCUAUUAUCAGAGCAGGAGAUAAGGAAUUCUAAAUUAAUUUGAUCGUGCAAUAAUGAACAUUUAAACAUGAUUGCUCUUUACAGGAAAUGUGUAGCGAAAUUGUGUAAGGCACACACAAGGAGAUGUGAGGUAGGGCUACAUAAACAAAGUGAUUUAACUCCCAAAUGGCAGAGAAUUGAGCAGUGAGACUGCAGGGGCAUGAUCUACACACCAAAACUGCUUUAUUAAGCUAAAGUUGUUUUGAAUACUAUAGUUUCCCUUUAAUAACAUAAAUUCUAAAAAUAUGUAUGUGACCAGAACUCUUUGGUUGCGUAAUGGGAUUCUAUAGUGUAAGGAAUAAAAAAAGUUGUAUUCUUUACACUAAAGCUCCCUUUGGCACGUCCCUCGCACCCCCGCUCCCCUUUCCAGCUCAAAAAGGGUUUUAAAAAAACUUUUAACACUUACAUGAUUCCCGCUCCGCCUUCUCUGACAUCAUCCGAGGGGGGAGAGGGGCUAAUGCGUAUUCAUGGCAAACUGCUUCAGUGCUUUCCUAUAGGAAUUAUGAUGAUACUGAAUGUCCACAAGCAAAACAUGAGACGUCCAGCAUCAGCUGGCCACCAGGAAGUGCAUCUAGUCGCUGUCUGAUUGACAGCCACUAAGAACAGUCUUAGUCCUGCAAUGUAAUUAUUGCAAUUUCUAAAAAAAACUGCAAUGAUUUACAUUGCGGGGCUAAGGAGGACUGGGACACUGCAAUGAGAAGAAGUGGUCUGGGUGACUGUAGUGUCCCUUUAAGCAAUAUGCUUUAUUUGAAGCUUCAAUCACGUAGAGUUAGUCGCUAAAGUAUGACCUUACUUCACAAUAGCCACACUGAAAAAUGUAACUUGUCCGCAAUUUACACUUUAAUGGAUGUUCCAGACUAUGCAACCUUUGUCAAAGGUACAAUAAAGUAUUGCGUGUGACAAGUUGAGUUUUUGUGGGGUUUUUUUUUGUGUCAUUUUCUUUUUAAUAAUCAUUUCAUUAGUUAUAGCAGUCAAAUUAACAAAAUGUGACAAUGGGUGAAUGGGUGGUCCUUAAAACAAGUUUCUGUUUUAGUUGCCCAUUAGAUUUACCCACAAUCCAUUAGUAAAAUCAGUUCCACAGAAGGGCAAACAGCAGGUGGCAAUGGUAGAGUAGAACGAUAUGGCUGCACACAGAUAUUCGACACAAGGAAGAAAAGAUAAUGAACAGACCCAAGGGGGCAUAAGGAAAGGAAACCCCAAGGACAAAAACCACAUUUGACCUGCUUUAAUUCUCACAUGAAUGGAUCACAGUAUGUGCAGAGUACUUACAGAUGGGUAUAUUCUCUAGACACUGAGUUGAGAAAAGAAUUGCAAAAUUUAGGCCUGAAAUGUUUUGGAAAUCUUGUCCAACUCCAUUAUAACUGGAGCUUGGUUAAUUUGGCCUAAUUUGUAAAAUUCAGUUUUUCCGUUCUCUACAGUUUUGGAGUGAUACACUAAACACAGAAGUCUGUUUUUUAAGCCACCCAUAUUUUCUAUUGUUUCGUUCUGAAAACCCUGCAGUUAAGCUUGUACAUAGAGACCAUCUGGUUUAUGCUUUUUCCUAACCAUCUUCGUUCACUUUAUUAUUGUCAUUGUUGCCACAGGAUGUUUUCCUGGAGGCGUACAUUGGAUCUCUAUUGGAAAACAAGACAAGGCUGGCCUUCUGAUGAAACUCCAGAAUCUAUGUAUACGUUUGGAUCAGGAACUGAAAUAUUCUCAACGCCCGCCACUAAACAUCGAGGAAGCAAGAGACAGACUCCGUGUGCUGGUAAUGAAAGUAUAUCCCAGGUAAUCAUUCUAUCUGUUUCUCCUCUCCCAGUUACUAUGUUCAAUGACAGAUAAGAACAGCGCUUAUGACUGAUUGUCAGGGAACCAAGAUGGAGGUACUGAGUUUCAGGAUAGAACCUAAUACAUGGAGUAAUAAUUGUCAGGAAUCCAAAGGGAAUGUCAAAUGUAAGGUCGACAGCUGAAUUGGAAACAAAGCUGACUUGGAGAAUCUUUCCAGUAUGACUAUGUUAACUUUAACUUUUGAAUUCAGAAGUCGUUAGGACCCCUUCAGCUAGACGUGAACAGAUAGGGCAUGGAAAUGGCAAACAGCUAUGCCGUGUGGAUGUUUACUGUAAUGACUGAACCAUGGCCCAUUAUUAUUAUUACACACAAUUGAUUUGAUGUUCUAUUUUUAUUCUUAAUUGUAGAAGCCUUUUAAUAUUGGAUGAUGUCUGGGAUUCCUGGGUGCUGAAAGCAUUUGAUAUUCAAUCUCGUGUUCUUAUCACAACGAGAGAUAGAAGUGUGACUGAUGCAGUCUCUGGUGAGUGUUAAUGCAGGGUUUGUUUUCAGGGCAAAGUGCAAUAAAUAAACUAUACUAAUUGCUGUUUGUGGAUAAAGGAGCAAUGCCACCAAGAAUUUUUGAAAGGAGGGUUUGCAUUGCAUGUUUCAGCUAGUCCUAUACUUAGUGAUGAGUGGAUUACCAGAUCAAUAAUGCACAUGCUUUAAAUAUAACCAAAACAGGUAUUAAUACACAUUCUUAAAGUGGCAGUCUACAAGUGUAUGUGUGUGUUUGUGUGUAUAUAUAUAGAUAUAGAGAGAGAGAGAGAAAUGUGUGUCGCAUUUAAGUUAAAGGAACACUAAGCACCAAAACCACUGAAUUCCACUGGUGCCUCUAAUUUGUCAGACCAUUUUAGAAUGUUUUGACAACUUACUGGGGUCUGCACCCCUUUCUUCCAAGAUAAUCUAUUUAGCUCCACUGAACUAAGCAGCGCUGCCCUCGUUGGCUGAAAAUGUCUGCUGAGUGCUUUUGGACAGUGAGCACGGUCCUGUAUUCAGCCUGCUUAGCUCAAUGCCACAUAAAUGUGCUGAGGGGAGGAAAACACAGGAGGACUGAGAAUAAAAAGCCACAUGUAGCGGGGAUGAAAAAAGACAGAAAGAGACACACACAAAGGGGCUGGUGGGGAAGAGGCACACGUAGGGGGCAGGGGAAGGGGAAAAAGAGAGAUGCAAAUGGGCCUGGGAAAGGGGAAAGAAAAAAAUAAACAGGGGGGCUGGAGAAGGGGAGAAAGAGCCACACUGAGUGGUUGAGGGGUAGAGCCACACUGAGAAGACGCUGGACGUCCAUAGGAAAGCAUUGAGAAAUGCCCAGUAGGAGUGGGACACUGAGGGUGGGGGGGACCUAAAGAACCUAUAGUGCCAGGAAAACAAGUUUGUAUUCCUGGCACUAGAGUGGUCCUUUAAGGAACAGGGCUGUUUUUACAUUUCUGCGGUGUGUGUGUUUUUCUCUGACUUAUUCACUGUACCCACACACAUUAUACACGGUUUUUCUUGCCAUUAAAUGGUCUUUCUAAAGAUAGCAUUAUUUUCAUGAUAUCAUAUAAUUUAUUGUUAAAAAUAAAUUAUAAAAUAUGAUGAAAUUUUUUUAAAAACACACCCCCAAAAUCUGUUGUGCAUCUACAACCGCCAAAAACCACCCGUGCUUAAUAGCUGCUAAAUUUUGUCCUGAGUUUAGAAAUACCCAAAUGUUAACAUGUUCUUAGCUUUUUUGGAAAGUUAUAGGGCAAUAAGUACAAGUAGCACUUUGCUAUUUCCAAACCAUUUUUUUUUUCCCCAAAAAAUUAGCAAAAGUUACAUUGUAACACUGAUAUCUGUCAGGAAUCUUGGGGUAUUUUGACUAUUUUCAUGCAACCAUUUUACCACCAAUCUGUGCCAAGUUUAAAAUAAAUAAAAAAAUUAUUAGAUUUUUUUUUUACACACAUAGCAAUUUACGAAUACAUGUACUGAGAACUUUAAGGGUUACUGCCAAAGAACACCCCAAUAUGUGUUCAGCAACAUCUGCUGAGUACAGUGAUACCACCCAUGUAAAGGUGUUUCAGGUUCUCUGGGGGCUGAAAGACCUUAUUUGGAGGGUGCGCAUUCCAGUUUUCCAACUUGGAAUUUUCACAGCUGGUCAUCAUGCACCCAUGUCCUAUAUGGAUGAGGGCUUUCUGCGUCUCCUGCAGUCCCCCCGACCGUGAUCGCUACGGAUCGCUGGUCCAGGUAAGUUCAGGGCUCCUAUUUGCCGCGGAUGUACUAGGUACGUCCACGGUCGUUAAGGGGUUAAAGGAAUAAGAGCCUAUGUGGCUGAGCACCUUUAUCUGGUUUGCAGUGUAUUUUGAAUUAUAUGCACUUUUUCUGAGUGCCUUCCUUAACUGUUUGUCUAAAAUGUACACCCAUAACAAAUAUGUUUUUGAUUGUCUGCUAAUGUCUUCUUCUAUUCCGGAAAGUACUUUGUAGACUUUAAUGUUUUGUAUUUUGUUGCCAAAAGGUCUGGUAUAAAGCAAAGAUCUACUCCAGCGAUGGUUGAAUUUUGCCAUUCCAGCUGCUGUGGACUCAUGAGGCUCAACAAAUCAAAUGGAAAACAUAACUUAGAGCAGCUAGAUUGAGACAGAAAAGCCACAAAGCCAUAACUGAUUCUGUAACAUUGUUCUAUAAACACUCAGUAAAAGGCUGCAUUGAGUACAGACCAACCACUGCCUUCCAUGUUAAAUGCAUAGGGUUUUUGUUUUCUUUUUAUUCAGUCACUGUCAUGAUGUACGUUAUAUGAUUUUUUUACUUUUGUUUUUGUUUUUGUUUUGAAAGGGCAUAAAUACUCUGUUCAGGUGCACAACGAACUAGAGGUCAAGAAAGGACUUGAAAUCCUGUCUCGCUUUGUGGAUAUGAAAGAGCACGACCUUCCCUCUGAAGCUCGUGCCAUUAUUAAAGAAUCCAAAGGUAAAACAUGAGAAACCGUGGGUUCUAGUAAUGUAUUGAUAGCUAGGACAGAGAUCUGCAUGUCAUUAUAAAGAUCGCAUUUUUAAACCUUUCAGAACAAGGGGUUUGGUAACUCCCGUAGUUUUAUGACAGUCCUGGCACAUCAGCUAAUUCUUUAGUUUUUAAGCUUUGUGGGAUUUUCAAAGAAUUUGUUUCAGACGUGUUGAAACAUUCCUCUGACACUCUUAAUGGUAACAUGUUGCUGAAAAGGUUUGCUUUCCAUAGAGGUUAAAGUAAAAGGGUAAGGUAAGGCAGAUAAGUAAAUUGUUUAAUCCAUAAACUUGCUGACAGUGUUGUCAGCAACGUAUAUAAAGUGACUAUAUUCCUCUCUCAAUGUGAACUUGCCAUCCUCAUGAGUCACUUUAAGUAGGCAGUGCAUGCUAUGACUUUUAAAACGUCUCUUAAUUUUUCUCCCGUUACAUACGGUUUCUUUGGUACCUAUAUAAAAAACGGCUACAGCUGCUAUUUUUUCUGUUAUGGCAUCACUCUGCAAUAAAUAUAAAUUUCGAUUGUAGCUAUGUAGCAUGUUCUUUAUGUGAUCUUUAUUCACAGGCUCACCUCUUGUGGUAUCGUUGAUCGGAGCCCUUUUGCGCGAGUUCCCCAGCCGAUGGGAUUUUUAUCUCAAGCAACUCCAGAGAAAGCAGUUUAAACGAAUCAGGAAAUCCUCUUCGUAUGAUUAUGAGGCUCUAGACGAAGCAAUGUCAAUGAGUGUGGAUAGACUGAAAGAAGAUCUCAAAGACUAUUACAAAGAUUUCUCCAUUAUAGAAAAGGAUGUGAAAGUGCCUACACAGGUACCUCUCACAGAUACACAUUGGCCCAUUUGAAAGGCCGCAGCAUUCUAUUUUUAGAAUAGUUUAGUCCAAGAGAUAAUGGGAGAUAUUUCUAUUGUAAAUUGUGUAACGAGAACAGCGCAGUAUACGUAACGAUGUGUCUCACAUUCAGUGUGUUACAAGCACAAGUAAAACGAAACAAGGACAUAAAACAUGAUUUUAAAGUGCCCGUCAUAGCCACGAAUGUGUAGUCUGUGUUAAUGAAAUAUAACAAAUGUAUAGAUUGGGAUUUCCUGACGUUUUCUUCCUGAUGUGAGAGCUCUCUCUGUAAAUAUAAUGGGUGUUGCGUCCAUAACGCACAUGAAGCAGAGGGUUGAUGGAUGCCUGUCCUUAGGUUAAAACAAUAGACACAUGAAAUUAUAUUGUCUGAAAAUUGCUGCUAAUUAAUUCUUGCAUGAUUUGAGCUUUAAAGGAAUGCUAUAGUGUUAGGAAUACAAACCUGUAUAGUACCCCUGCCCCUAUUUAGAUUAGUGCCCCCAACCAUCACCACCACCAAUUUUCCAUAAAAAUAAGUAAAAUAAAAAAGGUUUUACUUACCUUUCUUCAUGUGAUGAAACUCAUCCAGUACUGAUGGCCUCUCUGACUCCCAUGAUGUCAUUGUGGAGGCAAAUGGAUUGGGUGGUGUGGAACUCAGGGGAGUCACUGGUUUCAGGCAGGAGUGUGCAAUGUAAAGGCAUCUGCAUUCCUCCUUUGCAGAAGAAUCCAGGCACAGUUAGGUUUAUUUAGUAAGGUUUAUUGAUACACACAUGAUGAGGAAACAUAUCAAUUUUGCAUGUUUUCUGUAUCCUGUGUUCAUCAAUAAACCUUAUUAUAUAGACCCUGAGCUGGGUAGCCUGUGGAUUGUACUGUCAUCGUGGAGGUGUCGCAUUCCUGGUGUUCGUUUAAUCCAAUGCUCUUCAUAAAAGAGCAUUGGGGAUGUUAUGUGAUGUGCAUGCAUGGUGAGUGCCACAUGCACAAUCUAUCAAAUGCUUCUUACAGAAAAGCAUUGACUUCAAUGAUUUCUUAUGAGCUGCAUUUGAUGAUAUUGACAGAGUUUUACAGCGUUGCUACGUAGGAAGCUCCUGUGGGGGCUGUCAUUGUGACAGUCACUAGAAGUGUGUUUAACUAUUCAAGGUAAACAUUGCUGGGUCUGAAAAACUACAGGACCACUUCACCCACACCACUUCAUUGAGAUGAAGUGGCCCUGGUGACUUUAUUUUAGGCCGGACUGCUACCUUGAAGAUAAAAAAGCUGCGAAAUAGGAGCUAGAAGCUGGCAGUGCUUUGGGGGAUUUAAUAAUAAGUUAAGAGUUUUUUUCCCACUAAACUCUAAUUUUAAAACAAUUCAGGCAAAAAAAUUGCCAUUUUAUAAGGAUAACGGAGUUGGUGCACAUUUCAGAAUCAUUUACUUUGACCUAAAUUUUGCAAUUUCACUUUUCAACCAGUGUUUAGUAAAUAAAAAGAGAUGGAUCCAAUCCAAUAUCACUACCUAAAACCUUUUUUUUUUUUUUUUUUGUCUUAUUGGCAGGUCCUAUGUAUCCUGUGGGACAUGGAGAGUGAGAUUGUGGAAGACACAUUGCAAGAGUUUGUUAACAAGUCUUUGUUAUACUGUGAUCGCAACGGGAAAUCCUUUUCAUAUUAUUUGCAUGAUCUACAGCUGGAUUAUCUUACAGAGCGGAAUCGAGAUCAGCUCCCGGUAUGAACUCAUUGGUUUCAUUACAUUUAGUAAUAUUAACUACUUUUUAGUUUUAGUUUACGGCCUGGUGCAGGUGUCUUUAGGGACAUUGUAAACAUAGCUGUGAUGCAGUUACAUUGUACCAUUAUAUUGUUCCUGAUUUUGUCCUCCUCUUGUUUCCCAGGAGCUUCAUUCCAAGCUUGUUGGCCAGUAUUAUAAACACUAUGCCGAUGCCUUGCCAACACCCGACAAAGAAGAUUGUGCAUAUUGGUAUCGUUACUUAGCCUACCACAUGGCUCAGGCCAACAUGCAUCAAGUAGGUACAUAUUCUCGCACCCCUUUCUUAACAUUUUCUUGA